AUGAGCUGUCUGUACACCCCAAGCAGCAGCAGGGGCCUCACAGCCGCCCUGGAGUUUCUGCUGCUGCACGAAGCAGCAGCAGAAGAGGCAGCAGCAACUAAGGGGCCCCCCGGGGGGGCCCCCAGGGGCCCCCCGGGGCCCCCCAGAAGGGGGCCCAGGGGGCCCCACAGGAGGGGCCCCAGGGGGCCCCCCUCUGCGCUGUACGUACACCCCAACGGGAGGGAUGGCCCCACCGCGUCUGCUGCAGCAGCAGGAGAAGCUGAAGCUCCAGUUGCUGCAGCAGCAGGGGAAGCUGAAGCUCCAGUUGCUGCAGCAGCAGCUGAAGAAGCAGCAGCAGCAGCAGCAGUAGCAGCAACAGGGCUAGAAGCGCCGGAAUCAGCAGCAGCAGCAGCAGCGAGCCCACCAGAAGCAGCAGCAGCAGCAACAACUGCCGCAGCAGCAGCAGCAGCAGCGCCAGCCCGUCUCGUUUCUUUUGUCAGCUUCUCUUUGGAUUUAUCAGCAGCAACUCCAAAGGCCCUCCAAGAAGGCCAAGAUGCAGCAGCAACUCUAAAAGAGGUUUGGGGGGCCUCCGACUUAGGGGGGCCCCCCCAGCCCUUGGGGGCCUCCCAGGGGCCCCCAGCAGCAGCUAGCGGAGCUGGGGAGGGCCCCCUGCAGCAGCAGCAGCAGCAGCAGCCCGGGGGCCCCCGCCAAGUGGAGGGGCCCCCCAACCCCGGGGGGCCGCCCAAGCUUGGGGGGCCCCCCGGGGGCCCCCAGCCCGAGGGGGCCCCCCACCCUGGGGGGCCCCCCUUUGAUGAGUUUAAGGGGCUGCUGCUGCAGGAGCUGCAAAGCAUAGGGCUCAUGGUUGUUGCCUUAGCCCAGUCCCACUUCUUGCUGGCAGCCUCUCGAGCUUCUUCGGAAAAAGAAAAAAGCAAAAAAGAAAUUAAAAAUAUUUUAAAUCAAAAUGAAGAUGCAAACUCAAAUGUAGCUGCUGCUGCAGCGCCAGACGCAGCAGCAGCAGCAGCAGCAGCAGCAGAAGCAGGACAAGCAGCAGUAACAGCAGCGGAGGCGGGGCGACCGACAGAAGCAGCAGCAGCAGCAGAAGCAGCAGCGGGAACAGCAGCAGCAGCAGCAGCAGCAGAAGCAGAAGCAGCGGCAGGAAAAACAGCAGCAGCAGCAGCAGCAGCAGCAGCAGCAGCAGCAGCGGAGAGCCCCAAUAACCCCUUGCUGGACUCCUCAUCUCUUGGAGAAAAAGACGAUAGGGAAGAAAAAAGAAAUUCCGAAAAAAAAGAAAAAAAGAUUUUUAAAAUUAAUUUCAAAACUGAAGUCCUCAACUCCGCAGCUUCCGGAAAAAGAAAAAGAGGGGCCCUCCAGCUGCACCCGCGCAUGCGCUUAGGCACCAUCACCCUGCAGCAGCAGCAGCAGCAGCAGCAACAGAAGCAGCAGCAGCAGCAGCAGCAGCAGCAAAGUUGCUGCGCUGCGCACAAUGGGGGCCCCCCGGGGGGCCCCCUGGAGGUACAAGCGGAUAUAUUUGGGUGUGUAGCAGGGGAGCUGCUGGAGACGAACGAGCUGCUGCUGAAGAACCCCGAGUUGCUGCUGCAGCCGCCAGAAAGAGGCGGAUGGCUUUUCAUUGCGAAGCCGGCGAAGCGUCAGCGUCAGGCGAGCUGUCUAUACACCCCAGCGCAGACGCCGCGCAGCAGAAAAGCGAGUUAA